UUUUAAGCAAGGUUAUUUUUCCUUCAGGCAUGAACACUCUGAUUGGUUAUGACCUGGUCCCUGAGCCUAAGAUCCUGGACUCUGCUUUGAGAGCCUGCAGGAGGUUGAAUGACUUGGCCAGUGCAAUCCGCAUUCUAGAGGCUGUCAAGGACAAAUCAGGGCCACAUAAAGAUAUCUACCCAUUUGUGAUCCAAGAGCUUCGCCCCACUCUUACUGAGCUGGGGAUCUCUACCCCAGAGGAACUGGAGAUUGAUAAGGCCUAAACACCCUCAUUCAGGAAAUGUGAG